AUGUAUUGUAAUGGAGAAUCUUCUGAUAUCUUGGAAUGGAAGAAAAUAGCUGCAGUCCAACAAAAGAAUAUCUAUUUAAUGUUCAGUGGUCGAACAUGGGAUUCGUACAAAGAGGAUGAAUACGAUUUUCUUGCUAUAAAAGUAGCAUAUGCUCUUUUUGGACAGCCAGUAGGUGGAAAUCAAAACGAAAUUACGCAUCUUCUUGAUGCAUAUUCAAACGAUCAACAAAAUGAAGCUCAUCAUCUGAAAAAUAUAAUUAUUAAUGUCUAUCACAGAGCGCCAGCGAUGGAAUUGAAAGUAGCAACAGUCUUUGUAUCAGUAAAAGUUUUGGAAAAACGUUACUUUUUACCGGUAUUUCGUCUCCUAUGGAACGCCAUUAAUAACACGGAGUUUUCUCAUUAUAUUGAUCAUACUGGUCGAACUUAUGAAAGUUGGACUGACUACUUGGAGAAUAACCGUCUACCGAAAUGUAUGUAUUGCUAUCCAAAAUAUGGUUUCUAUUCUUGUAAUUCGGGAUGGAAACAUGAAUUCGAUCCGAAUCUUGAGCCAACAAUUGAAUUUGGAACAUCACCGGCAUGCCAUUUAUUUAGUCGGACGAGCUGCGGUUUCAAUGAUGUGAGCACGGUUGGAGGUACGGCGACCGCUGAUGUCAACAUCGUCAGUCUUUCUACACCACUAACACCAGUCUUACUUACUGCUGAUAAAGCGGUCGAUAAAGGUAGUCAAGAUGAUAGUCCUACAGAUCGUGGGGCAUUAAGUGACUGGGUAGCAGUUUCUAUCAAUGCAUUUCAUGAAGCCACUGGUGCUAAGACGAGUGCUGUGCUCGGAUCAUCAGCACGUGUUACUGUUACGAUAUUAAACAUAUCGACACUUUGUGUUGAUUCAUUAUCUACUGCGGCUGCGGCGACUUAUCUCGUCAUCAAAGGAAUAAAUGAACAACUUACAACUUUUGACAUUCUACAGUUUUCGAUCGGCGUAUUUUUCUUUUCGAACACACUUAUUCAACCGAAAACUGCUGGACAAAUUAUCAAGCGUGCACAAAAUGAAUGUCUUGCUGCAGUCAGAGAAGACAUUCAAGCCCCUGCUGGAAGAGAAGCAUUCGAUAAUUUUGCUACUUCGAAUCGUAGUGCUCGACAAAUGCAUGAUAACGAACGUAUAACCGAAUCCAUUCGUCGUAUAAACGAUCCAAAUGAGUUUUUCACAUCAGCCGCCGAAACAAAUAGUUAUAUACAUUUGACAAAAGAUGGUCUCUUCAAUCUUAGCGAUGAUAUCGAUAUUCAUCCACGAGCAUUUAAAGAAAUCGGCGGUGCCAUAAAUCCAGAUCGUCGCGUGGAACUACUCAAGGCCACUGCAAAAUACAAUAAUGGCGAAAUAACAGAAGAUCAAUAUCGUGCGGCUAUUCGAUCGUUUCGUCAGAACGAACAUAUCACAUUUUUAUUAACUCGAGAGGAGAUCAUGAAUGAAGUGGCUAAAGGUUUUAAUACAACUGAUCUUCGACAAGUAGAAAUCAGUGGUAGAAGAAUUUUUGAAAACAUGAGCUCUGAUGAAGUGGAUCGUCUCGGUCGUGUGCUCUAUGGACGUAACUACAAUCAAGAUAUUAUUCAAGCAACAACGAUAAUUGCCAAAAAACGUGCAUGUCCAAAUACAUGCGAUUUCUGUAGUUAUGUCGAAUUAAUUUGUCAUGAACUUCAAGAUAGAACAAGUGCUGAAAAAAUUCAUAUUCUCAAUGAUUUAAAAAAUAGAAGCAGCGCAUUUUUUCAUGACUUUAAUAAUAGAUUGGAUGCUGAUCUACAGCAGGUACAACGGUUAAGGCACACUGCUGCAUAUCAAUUUACGAAUGAUCUUUCCGGAGUUUAUCAUUUUCGUAAGCAUGGCAAUGAAUUUCAUGCACAUGGAAACAUGCGUGUUUAUCUGCAUAAUGUACCGUUAAAUUUAUUCUCUGAUGAUACUUAUUUAUUCAGCGCUGGUCGUUCGCACGAUGGUCAAACCAUGCGAUUGGUUUUUGCGAACCCGGAAAAUCAACAAAUCGGUUUUCUUAUUCAACAAAAUGAUGGAUCUGGUCGACAAAUGGCAUCAACUUUUAUUGAGCCAGGUUUCUUUGGUUCUGCCGAACAGUGGAACCAACGAAUCGAAAAUGCAAUGAUUAAUCUUCAAAGUCCUUCGUUCAAGGUCGAUUCAAGAGAUGCUUACAUUGGAAUCGACUUCUCAUAUCUUCUUGAACAACAGCAACAUGCCAGUGAGAAUCUAGAAUUAUUCAAAGCAUUAUGUUUCGUAGUCGCUGCAUUCUUCAAAUGA